CCAUGGCUACAAAAGGCAGCUCGAGCUACCAAGCGUCGGCGUUUCCGGCGACUGUGCUCGCUCAUGUGUCGGCGGCAGCAAUCGUCACUUUGGUGCUGGUUUGGCUGCUUCACUUCCGAGAGGGUCUUGCUUUUAAAUCAGACAACAAGGCCAAGAUUUUCAAUUUGCACCCCUUACUAAUGGUUCUUGGAUUUGUCUUGAUCUCAGGAGAAGGUAUCAUUGCCUACAAAACAAUUCCAGCAAUUAGAGAGACUCAGAAACUAUUCCACCUGCUUCUACACUUGACUGCACUUGUUAGUGGCAUUAUCGGUAUUUAUGCAGUUUUCAGGUUUCAUUAUCUGAAAGGAAUUCCAGAUAUGUAUUCCCUUCACUCUUGGUUGGGUAUGUCAACCAUCUGCCUCUUUGCUAUCCAGUGGGUGUUCUCUUUGUUUACGUUUUGGUACCCACGCGCACAAGCAUCGACGAGGGCGAGGCUUGCACCGUGGCACACGGUGCUCGGUACGGUUAUCUUCGUCAUGGCUAUUUUAAGCGCCGAGACUGGUUUGGUCGAGAAAUUCUUUUUCUUGGGGCUGCGUCGAAGUCAAGAAGCACUUAUCAUCAACUUCGUCGGACUGUUAAUCUUUCUCUUUGGUGUAUUUGUUGGUCUUAGUGUUGUCCUUCCAAGAAGUUCGUAUUAGAAAUUUACUCUUUCUUGCGCACGUAUUAA